CUUCCUUUCGCAACGCGCACGUCGCAUAGAGUAGACGUCGAAACACGUGUUUAUUAAAGUUGGUCUGAAUAAAAUCAGAAAGGCUCCAAUAUGACCAUUCGUCCAGCUUAUAGACCGAAAAUCGUAAAGAAGCGCACCAAGCACUUCAUCCGCCAUCAGUCGGAUCGGUAUGCCAAGUUGUCGCACAAAUGGCGCAAACCUAAGGGUAUUGACAACAGAGUUCGUCGUCGUUUUAAGGGCCAAUAUUUGAUGCCAAACAUUGGUUACGGCUCCAACAAGCGUACUCGUUUCAUGCUACCCACUGGUUUCAAGAAGUUCUUGGUUCACAACGUGCGCGAACUGGAAGUCUUGCUUAUGCAGAAUCGUGUGUACUGCGCUGAAAUUGCGCACGGUGUCUCCUCAAAGAAGCGCAAGGAGAUUGUUGAACGCGCCAAGCAAUUGUCAGUCCGCCUGACGAAUCCUAACGGUCGUCUGCGUUCUCAAGAGAACGAAUAAGCUUAAGUUUGGUAUUCGCUACAUUAUUGUCGUUAGAAUACAUACACAUUUGAAAAGAAAGUACAUGCUUCUAAUUUUAAA